AUGGCUUUAAAAAUUACUGUUUUGUGUCUUUGUUUUGUCGCUGUCUUUUCAUUGGCAAUCGAUGAAGAUAAGCCAUGGGAUUGCCCUGAAAAUGAAGAAUAUAUAAAAUGCGAUUUGGAAGUAUGCUGGAAAAACUGUGCCGACCUUAAAAACCCUCCACCGUGUCCCUCUAUAGCUGCUGGAUGCUAUUCUCCUGCUUGUGUAUGUAAAAGCGGAUGGAUGAGGAACGAUGAAGGCGUAUGCAUACCUUAUGAGAAAUGCUGUGGCGAUGCUUGUCGCUUUAAUGCACCAGGCGUAGGAAACUAG